UCACUUACAGGGCGUUCACGUGUUGCAACAGGCACAAAAUACGCUAUUCCCACGCAUUGUUUUUGCUGACUUCAUUGCAUGCAGUUAAAUCCCAAUUAUUACUCCAUUCUCUGUGUGUGUUUAUCAUAAUUGCACCGGGUGAACUUGGAAAAAACCUCCACCUCUGCAUCGCUCUGCCUUGAUAUUUUCUGAUAUCUGAUAAGUCUUAUUAAUCAUGUCACACACUCUCAGACACCGCCAAUGCGUGACUGUGCGUGCACUUCCGCUGCUGAUGCUCCUGCCUUUAUUUUUUUUUCUACAUGACGCCUCUGGCUGAUCCUCAGGUGUGAGCGGAAAUCAUUAGUCACCUGCAAGUGCAUGCCAGCCCUGACUGGGUUAAGGACAUAGCGUUACAGCGCAGAAUCGCCUCUCUCCUGUCAGUAUCAGGGUGUUUCCUCAAAUGUCUGUGCACGCACAUAGACACACGCACACGCACAGACAAGCAGACAGGCUGGCAGACCGACUGACAGACACGCCAGAGAGAAUGUGCACGUCUCCCUCCUCCUCCUUCUCCGACUCGACCCGCGCCGUCGAACCUGCAAACCGUAACUGUGAUGUGCACCACUGAAGGAGCCAGAUGAACACAGACUGUGACUCAGGAGUCGUCGGCUCAUCUCAACGUCCAGCUUUCUCCAAGAUGCAACUGUGAACUGAGGCAGAAAGAUGCCACGCACCAAGCAGAACAACCCGAAAAAUUUAAAAGAUAAAAUCGAAGAGGCGCAGAAAGAGCUCAAAGACCCCAAAGGCUCACAGAAAGGGAUAUCUGAAAGCAGUCGCAGAAAUGCAGACAACAUAAAAGGCCUGAAGAGGAAAAAGGUCGUUGCAGAGAAUCAGCUCAAGAAAAUUCCUAAAUCUCCAGUGAAAAAACCCCUGCAGCUGAAAACGUCUAAAACUGGAGUGUUGUCCAAGGAAACUACACCUUCUUGUCCUUCCCACAAUCCUUCAGCGUCACCCAGUGGGAAAAGGGACCCACAGUAUGCCCCACCAGUUGCAGCAUCCCCCGACAAGGGGUUGUCUUCAACUGAUGCUGAAAGGCUGAAGCAGGAAGAAACGUCUCCUAGGCCACCAUCACUCGAGCCCGCGGACGGUGAGGGCGGCUCUUUGAUUACUGCCAAAGUGUCUCAGCCCAAAGACAUCAAGAGCCAAGGCCCCAGCUUUGAGGGGGAUCCGUACCACAACAGCGCUCCACUUGAUGUUCUACUAAAGGCCAUGGAGCCAGACUUCAGUACACUGGCUGAGAGGAAAAACUGCAUGCAGGUCACAGCCAUUGGAAAACCACCUUCCACCCUUCAUGCUCAGUCCAGUGGUGAAUUAACAACAAUGCCAACUGUCAAUGUCAGUCUCCAGACCCAACCUUCCCAUAUGCAGACUUAUUAUAUUGACAAACAAGGCAACUUUAUUGGCAUUGCAGCACCACUACAGGGAAAUGUGCACACUUCUACACAGGGUCCCCCAUGCACUCCUCUCCGCUUCGCUACACCACAUUUUAUGCCUGUUGCUUCAAAUCCAGAAAAGCCGAGCUUGCACAUGAGCUUUAAUACUGGACCAUCCACUAUUACUCACGCACCUGUUCCCUCAGGCUCCAACUCUUUGCCGCAAAGCCAACCGCCCAUUGUGCACACAUGCCAGUCCCUCUCAGCAAGUGUUCCCAGCACCAUUCAGGUCCCAGUCACACCUGGCAGCAACCAAGUACAGAUGGCCACUGUAAUGAACUUUGGUGCCGAACAGGUUUCCAAGGACCAAAAGCCUAAGAAGCCAGGAAAAUAUGUUUGUGAAUACUGCAACCGGGCAUGCGCGAAACCUAGUGUGCUGCUCAAACACAUCAGGUCUCACACAGGAGAAAGACCAUACCCUUGUGUGACUUGUGGCUUCUCGUUCAAAACCAAGAGCAACUUGUACAAGCACAAGAAAUCACAUGCUCAUGCUAUAAAACUGGGUCUCAUUGCGCGCUCUGAAUCUGGAGGUGGAUCGCUGUCUCAAGAGUCUGACAAAGCCCUCGGGACACAUUCAGAGGCGGAGGAGAGCGGGGACAGCGAUGAGGAAAGCAGCACCGCAGACUUGGACCCCGACUCAUCGCAGAGCAGCGUGGCAGCUUUGUCUGAAAGCAGUUUACAGAAUGCAGGUACGACCCAAGCAAGCCACGGGGAGGCUGACCUGCCAGCUGCGUUUGAGUCGAUCAAAGCAGCACCAGGCCAGAGGGCUCACGAGCCCAAAGUGACUGCUGCGCUUCCAAAAGUUGUCGUAUACCCAGUUAACGUCUCCCCUCUGAGGGCAGACAGCCCAAGAGUUACAGGCGCAGCACCCGAGCAAGCCGCUGCCCAACGGCAACGGGACUUCCAGACUGCCAAUCUGAGAUCAAGCAUCACGGUCCUGUCAUCUCUGAAAGAGGUGGACGGUACAAAUCCCUCACUAGAUGCUGUGAGCGAAGACGAAGACCAGCAGUGCAAGUCUCCGCUGUUGGGUGGACAUGCUCAGCUUCAGAGGCAACAAGCAACUGACUUUUCUCAACAGCAACAGGCUAAAUGUCUGCUUAGUCCCCGCAGUCUGGGAAGUACAGAUUCAGGCUACUUCUCACGCUCCGAGAGUGCUGACCAGGCCAUGAGUCCACCCAGUCCUUUUGUAAAGAUAACUCCACCGGUGGACAUCGACAUUGCCAAGAAUACUCUUCAACUUCCUCUUGCGGUUGCCACAGUGAUGCAUGUAGCCGCUGAGCAAAAGCCACGGGCCACAGAGGGACAGAUGCGUCCGCCGUUUGAAGCCAAAGCACUCUCUCUGGAAGAACGAAUCUCAAAACUGAUAUCUGAUAAUGAGGCAGUGGUUGACAAUAAGCAGCUGGACAGUGUAAAGCCAAGGAGGACGUCUCUUUCAAGGAGAGGCAGCAUAGACUCCCCCAAGUCAUACAUAUUUAAAGACUCUUUUCAGUUUGAUCUAAAACCUAUUGGAAGACGGUCAAGUUCCAGCUCAGACAUCCCCAAGUCCCCAUUCACUCCCACAGAUAAAUCUAAGCCAGUAUUUCUCCUCUCUGUACCUUCUCAAUACCCGCCAAUGGAUUGUUUGCCAAUUACGAGGAGUAACUCCAUGCCGACUACACCUGGACACUCUGCUCUUCCUCUCAAUGUUGCCCCACUCCCCCACCCUUUGCGGAUCUGUCAGUCGUUUGAUGACAAAAUCAGCUCAUUGAAUGAUGACGUGUUUUCGUCAGCCCCGUCAACCCCAAAUCCAGCAAUACAUUCUCGAACGUUAGUCAGACAAGCAGCGGUGGAAGACUUUUCCACAAGUGAAGGGCAUGGCCUCCAUACUGUUCGCUCCAUGGAUGAGGGCUAUCACGGUCCAAGCGUUCCAACUGAGCUGAUGCAAAGAAGCAGAUCUUUCGAGCACAGUCAGGACAGAAACAGAAAGCCUCUGCAGAACAAAGGCACGAUGUACGAGUGCGAAACCUGCCGUAACCGGUACAGAAAGUUAGAAAACUUUGAAACUCAUAAGAAAUUCUAUUGCUCUGAGCUUCACGGCCCAAAAAACAAGCCAGUCGCCAUUAAAGAAACUGAUCAAGAUGUUUUUCACGUUAACAUACAGCAGCCCCUCGUCCCUAGAUCAACCAGUGGCUCAGGGAUACUCGAUCAGCAGACAUCAAUCAGAAAGAGACGGAAAAUGAAAAGCGUUGGCGAUGAGGAUGAUCAAUCUCCAACUGACACCAUUCCUCCUUGCUCAGUCAGCUUUGAGCUGCCAUCAGCUCUGGCAAGUCAGACUUUUUCUCAGCAUGCUGUAAUAGUAGACAUACAGCCCAAAAACAACCAGUCAAAGCUACCUCAGAUUCAGCUCGUAGCAAGAGGUAUAAAUACUCCAGACUCCAGACUGUCACCGAUACGAGAGACCCAGAUCAGCACUUCCACUAAAGGAGAAAUGCAAAGGCAAGGCAGCGGUACGUCAGUCAUUAGACACACCAAUUCUCUCAGCAGACCCAAUUCAUUCGAGACAGAAUCUAUUGACAGGGCUUCUCCUGUUGAUACUAUGGAGAAGGAUCCCCUUAACAAGCCCAAAGUAGAUGCAAUAGCAAAUGUCUCAGUUGACUACCAUGAAAAAAUAACCAAACCCAAAACUGCUGACUUUGGAAAACAAAGGAAGGAACAGUGCUCUGAUUGCACAGUAGCAACAGUUGUUGAGAACUCCACCCCCGUCCACCAGUCUCGUCUGGUUCGUCAGAAUAACAUCCAAGUCCCUGAGAUUCUGGUGACGGAAGAGCCCGACAGAGAGCAUGAAACACAGGCCACAGAGCCAGCAGAUAAACCCACAGAUCAGUUCAGCUGGCCUCAGAGAAGCGAGAGUUUGUCAAAGUUACCAGCAGAGAAACUCCCGCCUAAAAAGAAAAGAAUUCGUCUUGCUCAAAUGGACCACUCCUCUGGUGAAUCCAGUUUUGAGUCCAGCCUCUCGCGAAGCCUGAGCAGGGACAGCAGUCUUUCUCGUUGUUCCAGCAUUUCAGCCUCUUUUGACAGAGAAGAGUCAUCUAGGUCGGAGAGUCCCUCCAGAGGGGAGUGUAUUGGCAAAAUUCCAGAGCCUCAAGGUUUGCCAGCAGCCUUCAACACCCUUGGUGUGCCUGGGAUGAUGAGGCGUGCUGCAUCUGAGCAGAUUACUUGUACCCAACCCUCUGUGGAGAUUUCAUGUGACUACCGUAGUAAGUCUUUUGACUGUGGAAAUGUAUCUCCCAGCAGAUCUCUAUCACCUGUUGGCCAGCCUAAAGGUGGACAAAUCUCCCAAGUUGCCCAGGUGCCACUCAUCGAAAGGAGGCGGGGGCCAUUAGUUCGCCAGAUGUCUUUAAAGAUAGGCCCAGAGAGUCAGCAACCUGUUCGGAAAGCAGUCAUACCUAUAGAUAAACCUCCCAUUACAAAUGUUAGUUCUUUAACUCAGAAUAGAUCCCAGCAGAUUCACAUUGCCAACAGGCACCCCAUGGCUCAGCCUUUUAUCCUGCACAGUAAUGAACCACCCUUGCAAAAGAAUGAGCAAAUGGUGCAAAGCAUUAAUUUGGGUAGCCCAACUCUGCAGCCUCAAGUCCACGGCCUUCCACAUCCUUGGCAUCAAACAUCAAGGGUUCAAAUAUGCCAAAAGAUACAACAGCCGCUGAGCCAGAUCUUAGUUUGUCGUGAGAACGUCCAAAACAAACCAGCUGAUUCAGAAGAAAAGAAAUGUUUUGUGCCGAAAUACCAACUGCAGUGUCCUGCUCUGAGAGCAAGCCAAACAAGCCCUUUCUCCAACACACAGGGAACUCAGAUAGCCUUGCCAGUUUUAACGAUACCUAUUGCCAAUCCAAUUUUGAGCAUUUCAAAAUCGUCAGAUGUAAUCCAAAAUGUAUACGUUGCUCAGCCCAGUCAGCAGGCCUCUGAGGUGAAGACACAGACUGUAGUUCUGUCAGGUGAACAGCAAAGAGAUCUGUUUGAUCAGACCCAAGCAGGUGCUAUACCACUGCCACAGAUCCUGAUAACACAUGAGCAGAUGCACCCUGCUUCCUCUGUGUCCAGUAAAAACAGCCUCUCCUCCAGUCACAGUGUAGACAGUGAUUCUCAUCCUGUACCAACUGCAAAGAAGGACAAGGCUCAAACUCAAACAGUUAACACUCACAACCACACUGGAGAACAAGUGCCUUCUCUUGGGUCUUUGCAUUGCACACAGAAACUGGCGUCAGUAACUCUCUGUCCACAGCAGGAACCCACUGCUUCAAGUAAACGAAUGCUGUCACCUGCUAACAGCCUGGACAUCUACAUGGAAAAACACCAAAAACGGGCUAAGGAUGAGCACGGUGUGGCCUGUCUGACUGACGGCAGGUCGGUCAAUUAUCUUAACUCCAAGAUGUCAGAGGUGACUCGACAGCGGAAGCUAACACUUGUUCGGCAGGUUUGCACAACUGAACCAGUGGACAGUCCCAUUGAAACUGAAGCUCCACCUCUACCCCAGAUUAAAGCAGAUGGGGAGAAGGACUCUGAGGCUACUGAUGAUGUUAAGCCUAUGUCACCUGACAGCACCGGGCUGGAAAAAGACACGAGCACUGUUAUUCCUGAGGAGGUGGGUCCCAUUCUGAAUACUACACCUGGCAGCCAGGGAACGUCCAUACCAGCUAAUAACACUCUGAGGCCCCAAGAGAAAGCUGAGGAGCAGAGGUGGACCCCAGCUAAAUCUCCUAUCAGGCCUUCCAGUUUCCACGGGGGCCAGGUGAAACUGACCACAUCUGUGUCUGUGGUUAACACAAAGGACAGUCAUCGCCUGUCUUUCCCCAGCCUGAAGACAGCCACCACCUUCACAUGGUGUUUCUUGAUGAAGAGGAAACCUCUUCAUGUUCCACAGACUGAUCUGAAGACUUCAGCAUAUGCUGCCUGGACAGUCAGCCCCAAUAACCCUAACCCACUCGGACUGCCCACCAAGGUGGUCAUGUCUCUGUUUGACUCCAAGCAGACCUCCAAGAAAAUACACUACACCUCGGCCAUAAGAACAAAUGGGAAAUCAGAUUUCUUGUCCUACUCGGGCAAGCUGAAAGAUGUCAUGCCCAGGGUGCCAAUAACCCAGAGGUCUGUAUCAGUUGAAACCAGAAGUAAAGUGCAACCAGAAAAUCAAGCCAGCAACGACUCAGACAAGGACUUGGUUUCUAAAACUGAGCCAAGACGGGUCAAAAUAUUCGACGGCGGAUACAAAUCUAACGAAGAGUAUGUUUAUGUACGCGGGCGUGGACGCGGUAAAUACAUCUGUGAGGAAUGUGGAAUCCGCUGUAAGAAGCCCAGCAUGCUGCGCAAACACAUCCGCACCCACUCCGACGUCCGGCCUUACCACUGUGUCCACUGCAACUUCUCCUUCAAGACGAAAGGAAAUCUGACCAAGCACAUGAAAUCCAAGGCCCACAGCAAGAAGUGCAUGGAGAUGGGGGUGCCUGAGGGUCUCAUCGAGGAUCAGGAUGCAGAGGACUCUGGAGACCGGAGUCAAGUGAGCAGCGCUGACCGUCAAGAUUCAGAUGGUGACGACUCCGACGGCCCCGACGACGAGGAGAACGAUGACAACGAGGAGGAGGAGGAGGACAGCCAGGCGGAGUCCGGCUUGUCCACCAACCCUUCUGUCUCCGCCAGCCCACAGCAUAUCCCCUCCAAAGAGGCUGAGGUCCCUCCUAGCGCCCUCCUAGCCCAGAUGUCAAUCAGCUCAGUCUCCCUCCCUCUGUCCCAGCCUCCGGCUCCUGAAUCCUACACGUCAGACUCAGAAUCCGUCCCCAUGAUGAGCCCUGUGUCCCUGAGCAAGCAGAUAUCCAUCUCUGGGUCCUGCUACAGCCCGCUGCCCCUCCCUAACUCACCUCUGCCCGUCACCACCACCACCAUCACAUCAGAGUCCUACACCUCAGACACAGAGUCAGUGCACAUGAUGAGCCCAGUGUCUCCAUGCAGGCAGAUGUCCAUCGACUACCCCGACUUUGAUGUGCCCCCUAGUCCCCCAGUGCCAGGCAAGGGCUCCAAGCUAGGCCAGGACUCCUCUGCUACCCCUCCCUCUUCAGCGACCAGCGAAUCGGGGAUACCAGUGGACCGGAGCACUCAGACUUCCUCCUAUGCUUCCCAAGGCCCCGUGCACUUUCCCCCACAGGGUCUCUCCCAAACACCGGGAGCAGAGACCCAGACCCACCUGUUCAGCCACCUGCCCCUGCACUCCCAGCAGCCGUCUCGUUCCUCUUACAGCAUGGUCCCAGUCGGGGGGAUCCAGCUGGUGCCCGCCGGCCUGGCAGCUUACUCCACCUUCGUGCCAAUCCAGGCCGGACCGGUCCAGCUCACAAUCCCAGCAGUGAGCGUCAUUCAUAGGAACACGAGCCCAUUACCAGCUCCCAACACCCCGCCCCAACCGGAGGGCCUGCAGACGCAGCCGCUGGUGGUCCAGGAACCGAUCAGCAGUGUUGUUCCCUGCUUCCCCCUUGGGCAGGUCGCCGGCCUGCAGGCUCAGACGAUACAACCAGUGGGUCUGGAGACACUUAACCUCAUGGGGCUGACCAACACAGGCCUGGCAUCCACCCAGCUGCUGCCCCAGCAAGGGCUCACCCUCAACGCGACCCUCGGGCUGCAGGUGCUAGCUGCCAACCCCACCUCCCAAAGCAGCACCGGCCCGCAGACACACGUCCCAGGUCUGCAGAUAGUCAACAUCGCCCUGCCUGCCAUCAUUCCUUCCCUCAGCCCUCUCUCCACCCUCAGCCCCCUCCCCGGGUCCUCUGAGAGGCAAGGCAGCCCCGAAGCUCCAGGAGCAGCGCAGCUGUCUCAAAACGAACCUGUGUCGGCCUCACCGCCCGCCCCUCUGAAGGUCAGCAGCUCUCCAGAUGUGACCACGGGCAGCAGGGUGAGCCCCGGAGGCAGCGGUGGAGCGGCAGAGCUCACGCAGACUGUCGAAGGGGAUAAAUCCCCACAGCAGCAUCCGUCACCAGCUCCAGAGAGCCGAGCAGACAGUGCAAAGGAGUCACCGGUCGACGGAGCCAGUGAUUCUGCUCCUCCAAGACCGCCGCCAGUGACCAGCUGGCAGAAGGUAAUUGAUGACUAUAAUGAGGUGUCCAGUGAUGAUGAAGACAGACUGGUCAUUGCCACCUGAAAACCCCAAGUGGAGAAGCUCUUCUUGUUCUCUUUUUGUAAUUCUCGUCACUUUGUAAGACUGAAAACACUUUUCAGGGGUUUGUUUCUUUACAAAUCACCUUUCAAAGCACAGAUGCUGACAUUCAUAUUGUAUGUGCAAUCACACGAUAAUUAUAAUGAUGACCAAUCAUUUUAUUUUUACUUUUUUUUGUGUCAGCUCCAGACAUUUUCUUUUUUUGUACAUGUUGUAUAGACAAUUGUGCCUUUAUGGAGUUUCUUGUUUAGGAACCUGUAUAUAAUUCCUUAUAAAUUCAGUAGUGGCUUGUGUUUAUUUCAAAAAAAAUAAAAGUAAAGAAAGGCAUAACAAUGGAGAAUAUCAAUUUUAUUUUGGAGGAUUGUCAUUCGUAAAUUUAUGGAAUAUAAAUGUUGUACUGGUGUACAUUUCUAUGGAUUAUGGGGCAAUGUUUCUGUGUACAGAUGUUGUGUUCAACUAUUUAUUAUAAUCCAUCUAGUGCCCAUUAUGAUUCAUAAGUCCAUAGGUAUGUGCAUUAUGGUAGCUUUACAUUGCUGUAUCAAUAUUCUUAACUGUAUCAGUAAAAAUUUGUUUACAAACAUUAA